AAGCAACAGCGCAAUUAAAUAGUUGUGUUGGACUUUUUCGAUUUGGAACGCGCACUAUUCAACAAGUAGAAAUGUCCAGUGAAGGAGUGAAAACAUUUACGCGUGCAGAAGUUGCCAAGCACAAUACAAACAAGGAUACAUGGCUCCUAAUCCACAAUAGUAUCUACGAUGUCACAGCAUUUUUAAACGAGCAUCCCGGUGGCGAGGAGGUGCUUAUCGAACAGGCCGGCAAAGAUGCUACAGAGAACUUUGAAGACGUAGGCCACAGUAACGACGCUCGAGAUAUGAUGAAAAAGUACAAAGUUGGCGAACUGGUUGAAAGCGAACGCACAACUGUCCCACAGAAGUCGGAACCCACUUGGAGCUCAGAUCAACAAAAUGAGGAAAGCCCCUUGAAAUCAUGGAUAUUGCCUCUGGUGCUGUGCUUGGUGGCCACGCUAUUCUAUAAGUACUUUUUCGGGAGCGCCAAACAACAAUAAAAGGCCCUUACGUUAUGCGCUGGCUUCAACUCACCCGAUUCCCGUAAUCACACCAAGCAAUUAAUGCCCCCUUCACCGCGGCUUAAACGGCCUAUUACUGUCUUACUGUGUUAUUCGCCCGGAUGUAGUGGAUUAAGCGGUGGACGUAAACGGGAAACGGUUGCGCUGGCAGCUUUGUGCAGUCUGUAGUGAAUUUUUGUGCUAAGUCUUAAAGGUAAAACCGUUAACCAUUCUGCAGUCGGUUGCAUUUUAAUUUGUAAUUUCGUAGUAAGUGGGCUUGUGUUUUCUUAAGGAUUGUAUUAUCACUUUCUUCGAUAUUCAAUACCAAUGAAUAUUAAAAAUACACAAACAUAUUUAAAACGAA